CCUUUAAACUACCAUCGUCGCCCGCUCCCGCCUCCGCACACUGAGAGAGCGACCAGCUGCUGGCCCUUCCGCCGCAUACAUCCUUCAUACUUCGCCGCCGCCGCCGUAUGACUCUUGUCUGAGGCCGCCCGUUGCCGCUCAAGACCACCGCAACCUCGCUCUGCACCCUCCCUCUCUCCCUCCGCCUAUAUACCGUGCUGUCCGCGCCCGCCAGCACCCGCCGUCCUCAGCGCUUCCCAUGGCUUCCCAGAUGGAGUGGUCCCACGACUUCUGCCUCUCGUGCGACCGCCAGAUCGAGGAGGGUGGCACCUACUGCUCCCAGGCCUGCCGACUGGCCGACUUGGAGAAGGCCGGCGCCGCCGAGCCCCAGACGCCGUCACACCUCUCCUCCUCCGCGUCUUCGUCGACGUCGUCCACGAAUGGCUUCUACCUACCGCCAGCCGUGAACUUCUCUGCAUACAAGACCCCGGCGCCAUCGAGGGGCUUCGACGUGCCCUCGAGCCCUUACCACUGCUACCCCACCGCCAACGGAUCGUACUUUGCACCACCCGCCGCGGCUGCAACAGCAUCGGGGCAGCCGCAGCAGCGGAGUCUGACGCCUUCGUCAUCACGGUCGUCGCUUGCGUCUGCCGCCUCCCAGACCACGUCCGGCAUCUCGGCCCAGGCCGCCACCCAGCUCAACAACUACGUGCGCUCAUUCGACCAGGUGCGCGACAUGAAGAAGAGGCGGUUCACGCAAUAUUAAGCUCGACGCCCCAUCUGCCUCCCUUCCGCUUUAGCAUUCCGCUGCACUGUUUCCGAGUCCAAUAUCACGACGCUCACGGCGUACCGCGCCGCCCGGGAAGAGGCGUUCUCUGGCGCCCUUCCUCGACUACCCAUUUAUCCGCAUCAAUCUCAGCACCAUGACUGCUGGGAUCCGGCGUUGUUUACGGCGUUCUUGCAUCAUGGCCACCGCCGCCGCGGCUACGUUUCAGCACUGUACAUUUCUACGGACUCUCUUAUGUUGCUAAUCACUUGAUCCGCAUGGCGGUGUAACAAAAGCAUUUUCCUUUCUCCUACGGUUUCGGAUCGCGAGGGCGCACUGAAUGGGUG